CGUAUUUGUUUAUGCCGAGUGUUGCACUAGUGUUGCACUGGUGCACCACUAGGUGCUGUCAAACUGUUUGUUUAUUCGGACGGUGUUGCACUGGUUUUGACCUGUCGGAGUUCUGCUAACGGACGGUGGCCCACCGAUAAUUUUGCCAGUGUUGCGAGAGAGCGUGUGAGUGAGUGAGAUAGCAAUACACUGGCGACGAUUUGUGUUUGUUUUUAUCGGGUACGGUGGAACACUCCACGAGUGGAGAAAACAAAUACAGUAUUAGAAUGAAACCUCAUACACCAAUUUCUGCCAACAAAGGAGGCCGCAAACAGUUGUCAACGGGGAAAAAUUUAACUCCAAAAUCGGCGUCGCAAAUGAAGCAUCCUGCUCGAGAUAUUGAUUCCAGUCCGAUUCGAAAAUACACGGACUCCGGUCAGAAGCUGAUAGUGAACGCCAUGCGCUCGGUGCUGGCCUUGCCGGCUGGAAAUUCUCGAGACCUUUACGCCUCUCAUCCGAGCUUUGUGCGCAUCAUGGACUCACAUGCGAACAAAAUUUUGCACGCCAUCGGGGACGUACUGAAAAUGCACGAUGUCAAAGGGAAUAUUGUUCUGCGAGACCGGGAGGAAAAGUUCGAGCUGCUGCAGGAAUUCAACGAUACGAUUUUGGAACGAAUUAAUUCAAACCUGGAUGAAGUUGCUGGUAUCAAGAAGAAGCAUGAAACGGUCCUUGUUUCUAGUGAAAUACAAAUACCGACUGAACCACGCCAUCGGCUAAGUGGCAAUUGGAACGAAAACAAUCGUGAAAGGUCUAAUGCUACGGCAUCUUCACCAGCCGUGAAAGCUACCCUAAUUACGGCAACCAAUAUAGUCCGACCGCAGGUGAAUUUCAAGGUUCCAGUUGACAAUUCUCAACUAAAUCCUUUCGUUCCAAAAAUCAAAUACAAGCCAAAUUCUCUAAAACCUUUGGCCGUACUCCCUGAGUAUGAUGAUCUUGGAAACAUAGCCAGUUACUUGCAUCCCUACGAGUUUGAGCUAGAUAAAUUUCAACCUUCGAAGGAAGACAUGAAACUGAAGGACCCACAGAAACCAAUUCUUUUGGAAGACACGCCUUUGGAUUUCAUCGAUAAGGAGAAUCAGUUGCCCGCACUAAUGGAAGAAUUGAGGCAAGCCAAAGAGUUAGCCCUCGACUUAGAACACCAUUCUUACAGAAGUUUUCAAGGGUUUACUUGCUUGAUGCAAAUAUCUACUCGCAAAAAGGAUUACAUUCUAGAUGCUCUAGCGCUGAGAGAAGAACUGCACGUACUGAACGAAGUUUUUACCGAUUCAAAAAUCAUCAAAGUUCUACAUGGUUCAGUAAGCGAUAUCGAGUGGCUCCAGAGAGAUUUGGCCCUCUAUGUGGUAAAUAUGUUCGAUACGGCUGAAGCUGCUAAAAUAUUGGAAUUUUCAAGAAUAGGGUUGCAGUUUUUACUCAAACAUUACUGUGACAUUGAAACCGAUAAAACUUAUCAACUGGCAGAUUGGCGCAUUCGUCCCGUUCCAGAAAAUUUCAUUGAUUACGCUCGUAAAGAUACACACUAUUUGCUGUACAUCUACGAUUGUAUGAGAAAUGAGCUCAUUCAGAAAGGUCCGGCUUUGCUACAGACCGUCUACAACAAAGCAACUUUCCUGUGCAAACAACGUUACGUAAAACCGAUUAUCAACGAGGACACCAUUAUGAGUGUUUACCGUCGUUCCAAACAUGUUUUCGACCAACGUCAAAUGUAUGCUUUUCGAGAAAUUCUAUAUUGGCGGGACAAAAUGGCACGCCAGGAAGAUGAAUCUCCCGGCUACGUUCUGCCGCAGCACAUGGCACUGGAUAUAGCUUCGAAACUUCCCCGAGAAAUGCAAGGAAUUAUUGCUUGCUGUACUCCUGUACCGUCUUUGGUACGGCAACAUCUGCACACCCUGCACCAAAUCAUUCUGAAAGCCCGUGAAAUUCCUCUCAAUAAAUCCGUUCCGGUAGCGAUCGAACAGCAGAAGGACACCCGCCACAAGAUGCAGUCCACUUUCGACAUCAAUAAUCCGCUUUUCUGCCCGCACGAUGCCAGUCACUUGCAUCACAGCUCAGAAAGCGGUAUGGAAACUAAUUUACCUACUUUGUUGGAUGCUCCGGAAAAGGUUGGUUCGUGUCAGCGGAUUGUGAAGAAACUACUCAAAGAGCAACCCGAAGCGAAUGUUUUUGCGGAAUCCAAAAUAAGAACAUUGGACGAUAAAGGACGAUUAAUUUUAGACGACAGUGCUUCGGACGAUGGUCGCAUGGUUAACUUUAUCGAAAUGCAUUAUUUAAAACACCCUGACAGCAAUCAGAAUUUAAAUACAUCCUUGCAUCUGUCCUAUCAGGAUCGCAAAUUCAAUACACCCUAUGAACGACACCUGGAAACGUGUCGCAAUCGCCAAGAUGAACCGGAACACUCAGAAAAGAUCAUUGAAGAAAAGACUAUCAAUAUUACUUCACUAAAAGAAGAAAGUGAAGUCAAGGAAGAGUCAUCGAAUAAGCCGAAAAAGCAAAAAGCUCUUCCUCUGAAAGUUCAAAAACGUCGGGAAGAUCGAGAAAUGAAGCGUGCGAUACUACCGGAAACGGAUGAGCCGGCCGCCAAGUUAUGUUUCAGCAGCUAUGAACCGCCACCGAAAAAGGAAAGGCGUUCAAAGGGCGAAUAUCCACUGCAGUUGAAGCCGCUUCCAGAGCCCAAAAAUGAAAACGAUUUUGCAGAUGGCGAUAGCGAUACCGAAAUCCGUGGAGCGAAUGAAAGUAGUCAAAUGACGAAGUCAAAGAACAAAAAGAAGAAAAAGAACAAGCGCGGAAAACCAAUCGCAAACAGCAGGGAUUCGCAGCAAAGCUCCAACAAACCAGUAAAUUUCGAUUACAAAAAAGUAGACUUUUCCCGAUUUCAGGGCGGGUCUAGACCGCUAGAACAUAAAAAGGGUAGAGGUGGUGGUAAAUUCGUAAUGCGAAGACCAUCGCGUGAGGAUGCUGAAGCUGGUGAAGGUUCCAGCAAUGGCAACCCAAAAAAGAAUAUUCACCCCAACAGUAGGAUAGCGAAAGGGAUUCAGAAGACCCAAAAAAUGUUCAACUUCAGUAGUAAUAAUUUAAAAAGGAAAUGAGCUACAAAAAGAGUAAUUCAUCUUUUAGAAUAAUUGUAAUCGGAUUUUUUGUACAAAGAUGCAAAUAAAUUUAUGUAAUAU